AAAGGAAGCAAAAAAGACUAUAAUUAACAAAGUCUUAAACUUGAUUAAUAAUUAAAUUAAAGAUAAUAAAUGCUAAUUAAGAAAAGGAUGACAUAAAGUAAAGAGGAGACAAGGGGAACGAACUGAGUUGGGGUGUUGUUUAGACCGAAGACGAAGAGGACGUGGUUGGGUUGUUUUGUUUCUGUUUCCUUCCACUCUUUCUUCUUCUUCAUUUCCUCUUUCUUUCUCCAUUUUUAAAAGUUUUAUUUCUUGGGGUUUUCAAGAAGUAAAAGCAGAGACAUUAAUUAAAGAAUCAAGAGAUUUGGGGGAGGUGAAGGAUUGAGAGAGAGACAUGGAUGAAACAAUGGCAGCUAGGUAUUGGUGUCACAUGUGUUCACAAAUGGUGAAUCCAAUAAUGGAAUCUGAGAUCAAAUGUCCCUUUUGUCAAAGCGGGUUCAUAGAAGAAAUGAGCAGUAAUGUCAAUGGAGGUGGAGGUGGAAGUGGAGUCAGAGGCAUAACAAGAGAUGUUCAAGAUUCAGAAACCGAUUUUGGAACAGACCGUGCGUUGUCUCUAUGGGCACCAAUCUUGCUUGGGAUGAUGAGUAGUCCUAGGAGACGAAGAAGGUUUAGGAGAUCAGAGUUUGGUGAAGACAAUGAUGAUGAUAAUGUUGAUGAUGAGUUGAACAAUGUUGAUGGGAAUGAUAACAGUAAUCUGUAUCGUCAUCAUCAUCAUCGAGCUAGGCGACAUGGUGGAGAGAUUGAUUUGGAUAGAGAGUUUGAAUCUAUCUUGAGGAGAAGACGAAGAAGCUCAGGUAAUAUAUUGCAGUUGCUUCAAGGGAUUCGUGCUGGGAUUGCUUCUGAGUAUGAAAGCUCUGAUGAGAAUCCUCGAGAGAGGGAUGGUAACAACAACAGUAGAGUUAUAAUGAUCAAUCCGUAUAACCAAUCUCUUGUUGUUCAAGGGUCUUCUGAUCAAAAUCAUCAAAAUCAUCAUCAUCAUCAUCCUUCAUUGACUUCACUUGGAGAUUACUUCAUUGGACCUGGAUUAGAUCUUUUACUUCAGCAUUUAGCUGAGAAUGAUCCUAAUAGGCAAGGUACUCCACCUGCUCGUAAAGAAGCUGUUGAAGCUUUACCCACUGUUAAGAUAACUGAACCUUUGCAAUGUUCUGUUUGUUUGGAUGAUUUUGAGAAAGGAACCGAAGCUAAAGAGAUGCCGUGUAAGCAUAAGUUUCAUAUCCGUUGUAUUGUCCCUUGGCUUGAGCUUCAUAGUUCUUGUCCUGUUUGUCGAUUUGAGCUUCCUUCUAGUGCUGAUGAUGAUGAUGAGACAAAGACUGAUUCCACCGAGAGACCGCCAAGAACAAGAAAUGUUCGGGAUACUAAUAACAGAAACGUUGUUGAGAGUGUUGGUAGUGGGGAGAGAGGAAGAGAGGAUGAUGCGAGGAGUGGAAAUGGAAGACGGUUUUCGUUUCCAUGGCCGUUCAGUGGAUUGUUCUCUUCAUCAUCUUCUUCUUCGGCUUCUUCAUCCUCUGGAACUCAAUCUGGUGAGAACAAUUUCUACUCAAGAUCUUCUGGUUCCUCUCGCUGAUUUGUUCUUGUUCUUGUUCUUGUUCUUCCAUCUUUUGUUGCUCUCUCAAAUAUCUCAAGUUCUAGCUCUUAAAUUUGUUAUGGACUCUCUGCAUUUCAUUCUCUGCUUUUAUUAUGUACAGAAAAAUGAUGUUCUUUCACUCAGACUGUUGAACAAAUCAAAUCCAUUGUUGUUGUACAGAGACGAUCAAAUUCAGUUUGUGUGUUUCCAUU